CCAACGUGUAAUGAUGAUGAUGAUGAUGAUGAUGAUGAUGAUGAUGAUGAUGAUGAUGAUGAUGAUGAUGAUGAUGAUGAUGAUGAUGAUGAUGAUGAUGAUGAUGAUGAUGAUGAUGAUGAUGAUGAUGAUGAUGAUGAUGAUGAUGAUGAUGAUGAUGAUGAUGAUGAUGAUGAUGAUGAUGAUGAUGAUGAUGAUGAUGAUGAUGAUGAUGAUGAUGAUGAUGAUGAUGAUGAUGAUGAUGAUGAUGAUGAUGAUGAUGAUGAUGAUGAUGAUGAUGAUGAUGAUGAUGAUGAUGAUGAUGAUGAUGAUGAUGAUGAUGAUGAUGAUGAUGAUGAUGAUGAUGAUGAUGAUGAUGAUGAUGAUGAUGAUGAUGAUGAUGAUGAUGAUGAUGAUGAUGAUGAUGAUGAUGAUGAUGAUGAUGAUGAUGAUGAUGAUGAUGAUGAUGAUGAUGAUGAUGAUGAUGAUGAUGAUGAUGAUGAUGAUGAUGAUGACUCGAGCUGUAUUGGUGAUCCGCGAAUUUAUAAGUGUGAACAUUGUAGCAGAUCGUUUCCUUGGAAUGACAAUUUGCGGAGACACAUUAAAAAUGUUCAUUCGACACAUCGUCCGUACAAAUGUGAACAGUGCAGCAAAUAUUUUACACUGAGGUGUAAAUUGCGACGACAUUGCAAAUCUGUUCAUUCAAAAGUUGGACACUCAGCUUCGAUUGAUAACAGAGUUGCACAAGUGGAAUUGAAACAGGAGACAUGUACAGGUCUCCUCAUGAUGUCGCGGUAGUCUGCGAUAAAUGAGGUGUUUUUGGAACGCUGUUCAUCAGUACUUAAGUCUCCCAAUGUGUAUGGACACAUGCUGCAACCAGACGUUGACCGACGUUUGGCUGUUUACAGGCGGACAGAGAGUACUUGAGUCGAGGAGUGUAGCUGCAGUUAGCUUGGAAAUUACCCUCUUUGUACUUGACUUCCAAUGCAAAUAUUGUUAAUAGUUUUAAUACAUGAUUACUUUUGUAACUAA